UGGUGAGAAGGAGGGAAGAGAGGAUGAUGGCUUUAAACUGUGCAUCUGGGCUACAGCUGCCUCCCAUCUGGCUCAGCUGCUGGGUCCAGCUGCUCCUGAUUCCCCAGGGACCAUGGCUGGUGCAAGCCCUCAAUCUGCGCUCAAGCUAUCCCACUGUGUACACGGGGCCUGACCGCAGCUACUUUGGUUUCUCUAUGGAUUUCCUCCAAGCCAGCAAUGGCAGCAUGAAUAUAGUGGUGGGAGCCCCGAAGGCUAACACCUCGCAACUUGAUGUGAUUGAGCCCGGAGCCGUGUUCUUAUGCCCCUGGGCGCCCCACGGGAAGCCAUGCUACGAAAUACCAUUUGACAGCAAAAGGGAUCAGGUGGAGUCCAGAUUUGACUUCCAGCUGAAGAACUAUAAAUCACACCAGUGGUUCGGGGCAUCCGUGAGCACCUGGAAGAGCAACAUGGUGGCCUGCGCCCCCCUGCAGCACUGGAACGUUUUUGACCACUUGGCACAGGCACAGGCCACCAAGACACCUGUCGGCACCUGCUUCAUGGCCUCCAACAACCUGAGCCACUUUGCUGAGUAUUCGCCCUGCCGCUCUCACCAGAUGGAUUCAGUGUAUGCUACGGAUGGCUACUACAAUGACAAGCGGUACUGUGAGGUUGGCUUCAGCUCCACCGUCACUAGUACUGGCACACUGGUGCUGGGGGCCCCAGGAGGAUACUACUUUGAUGGGAUGAUCUUCACAGUCAGUUUGUCUGCAAUCGAGUCCUCCUACCGCGGCACUGCCAUGAUCUGGUCAGUCAAGGAGGAGCAGGUGUCAGAGGAGGUACGCCAUGGCUAUGAAGACUCAUACAGAGGGUACUCAGUAGCUGUGGGGGAGUUUGACGAGGAUCCCAGGACGGCAGAGUAUGUGGUGGGCGUCCCCAACAAAUACAACACCAAAGGUGGAGUCGAGAUCUUGAGCACCUACGAGAAGCUGCAGCUGCUGCAGAAUAUCCAGAGCGAGCAGAUUGCUUCUUACUUUGGACACACAGUGGCUGUUGCGGAUGUCAAUGGAGAUGGGAAAGACGAUAUCCUGGUGGGGGCCCCGCUGUACAUGGAGCACCGCUCUGACCGGAAGCUGUAUGAGGUGGGACGCGUCUACCUGUACCUGCAGCUGGGACGUCCCUACAGCAACCCCUGGCAGAAGCUGACGGGCACCGAUGUGUACGGCCGCUUUGGCACCGCUAUUGCACCACUCGGGGACCUGGACCAGGACGGCUACAUGGAUGUGGCAGUGGGAGCCCCAUUUGCUGGCCAGGGUGGAAGUGGCCGUGUGUUCAUCUACAAUGGGCACAGCGAGGGGCUUCGGACACCUGCCUCCCAAGCCCUAGACAGCCCCUUCCCUGGGCGUGCCAGUUUUGGCUUCUCUGUGCGUGGAGCCACUGACAUUGAUGCCAAUGGGUACCCAGACAUGCUGGUUGGGGCGUUUGGUGCUGGCAAGGUGGCUGUGUACAGGGCUCAGCCUGUGGUGAUGGCCAAGACCCAGCUCUCCAUGCCAGAUGUGCUGAACCCUGAGGAGAAGACCUGCACCAUGCCCAACUCCAAGACUCCUGCCAGCUGCUUCUCCAUUGAGAUAUGCGUGAGCAUGUUGGGGAAGAGCAUCCCAGAGGAGAUCAAACUGAAUGCCAGCCUGCAGCUGGAUCGGAUGAAGCAGAAGUCUGGGAAACGGAUCUUCUUGUUCCAGCCACACGAGUCCACAUUGACCCUGAAGCUGUCAAAGGAGGGGCCUCCCUUCUGCCAUCGCUUCUCAGCCUAUCUGCAGGAUGAGGCUGAUUUCAAGGACAAGCUAAGCCCCAUAGUCGUGAGCAUCAAUUUGACCCUGGCCACCCCAUUGGACACCGAGGACUUGGGACUUGUGCUUUACGGAGACACCCUAGUUCAGAAACAGACACGCAUCGUGUUGGACUGCGGUGAAGACAACGUAUGCAUUCCUGACUUGAGGCUCUCGGCCUGCAAGGAUCUGGAUUACCUGCUCAUUGGUGCUGAGACCAUGGUUCACAUUAAGGCUGAUGCGGCCAAUGAAGGGGAAGGUGCUUUUGAGGCAGAGCUGCAGGUGCAGCUCCCACCCAGUGCCCACUAUCAGAGAGCUGUCAGCAACAUCCAGGGCAUGGAGAAGCUGAUCUGUAACCCCAAGAAGAAUAAUGAUACCCACAUGGUGAUCUGUGAGCUGGGGAACCCCAUGAAGACUGGCACCAAGGUCACUGUGGACAUAGCAGUCAGUGUUGCCAACCUGGAGGAUGCAGGUGACACCAUCACAUUUCUAUUGCAGUUGAGGAGCAAAAACAGCCAGAAUCCCAACAGCAAUGUGACGGUGGUUCAGGUCCCCAUCAAGGUGGCUGCCCAGAUGGAGCUGAGAGGGAAUUCCCUCCCUGCAACCAUGGUGGUGCCACUGGAGGGAUGGACACAACCAGAGGGCAGUCGCCGGCUGGAGGACUAUGGCCCCAAGGUGGAGCAUGUCUACCAGCUGCAUAACAAGGGCCCUGGGACAGUGAGCGGAGUGGCCCUUCAGGUGGACUUCCUCAGCCAGUUCCAAAGUGACUUCUUUCUGUACCUCGCGAGUCACAGCACUGAGGGGAAGAUCAACUGCUCUGACCCCGCAAACAUCAACCCUCUUGGGCUGGACAUCCAGAAACCCACGGUCUCCCCCAGCAACAAUGAGAGCCGCCAGCCAGCCCACAGGCGAGAGAGACGGGAAGCAGAUGAGGAAGGCCCACCCACUCUCCAGGAGCCCCUCCUGCUGAACUGUAGCAGCCAGCCCUGUGUGACUAUCACUUGCUAUGUGGAGAGCUUGGAGAAGGACCAGAGAGCCAUGGUGACUGUGCAUGCCAUCCUGUGGAUGAAGAGUUUCAUGAAGCGUCCCCAUGACCAGUUCAUCAUCCAGUCCCAGGCUUGGUACAAUGUCUCCGCGAUGCCAUACCGGAUCCAACCUGAAGUCUUGCCAAGUGGAAGUGCCACAGCUGACACGAAGUUGCUGCGGGUGAGCCCCAAUGGCAAGAAGGAGAUCCCCACCUGGUGGAUAGUGCUGGCUGUGUUGGCGGGGCUGCUGCUCUUGGCCAUUUUUAUCUUUGUCAUGUGGAAGAUGGGCUUUUUCAAGAGGAAGCGGCCACUCUCGAAUGAAGAGGACCUAAAGAGUGACGAGGAUGGGGCAUCCCAGGCAGAGUAGGGCCAGUAGAGAACACCUGGACUGACAUGUCCCCCAGUGGAGCCCAGUCCCUUCUCCUGUGCUCCUGUCCCUGCUUGGUCUCUCCCCAGCCCGUGCCAAGGGCUCCACCCACAGCAGACAGGAGCAGAGCUGCUGCCUCCUCCAGACAGACUGGUCCUGUCCUACCUGUGCCCCACAUACCCGCUUUGGCACACAGAGUCCUACCUCUCCCCUACAAGAAGCAUCUCCUUUCCCAGACUAAGUUCAUGUCCUCACAGGGUCCUGCCACACAGAGAUCUUCUCUUCCAGUGGCCCUGCUCUGCUUGGAUUGGUCUCCUCGCACCAACGAUCAGGGGCCCAGGUCCCUUCCUGUGUCUCAGUGGUCCACUCGGUGUGCAGUAUCCCAGUACCAAAGUAGUAAAGCUAGAGCAGACAGAGACACAACAUUGCAGAGCCCAUGUCUUAGCCCCAGAAAACACUGUCCACUGUUGGAUAAAGGGGGAGAGGAGCUGAAAUGGAUGCUGCCCAAACCCCACCUCUGAGGUUGGGGCUGGAGGCUGGUGUGUCCCUAUUUUUCACCCCAGGAAGAGGCUGAUCAGUCCUCCAGGCAAGUGCCAAUGGCUACUGAGUCACCAGGUAUGGAGGGCACAACCCUACACCCAGCUGUACCCUCUGGGAGAUGCUUCUCCCACUCUGAGCACAGUGCACCCACUCCAAACCCUGAGCUCCACCCUCCUGCUUCCUGCUCUGCAAUAAACCUCUUU